CGCUGGCCGGUUGUUGCGUUUCCGUCGUCGCGGGCUCCACGCUCCCGGCGGCCUGCGGUCUGUGGCCCCCGCGCGCCCGCGUCUCGGCCGCCCGGUCCGGCGUCGCCAGGCCUCCCGCGCUCGGCUCGGCCCAGGCCCGGCGGUCGGAGCCAGCGCCCCGGCCUGAGAGCCUCCUCGCUCCGGCGGCCCGAGGGCAGGCGGGCAGGCGGGCGGCGGGCGGGCGAGCCCGACGGCGGCUGGGGCAGGUGGCGGCGCCGCGAACAUGGUCGCCAAGCAGCGAAUCCGCAUGGCCAACGAGAAGCACAGCAAGAACAUCACCCAGCGCGGCAACGUCGCCAAGACCUCGAGGAACGCUCCCGAAGAGAAGGCGUCCGUAGGACCCUGGUUAUUGGCCCUCUUCAUUUUUGUUGUUUGUGGUUCUGCAAUUUUCCAGAUUAUUCAAAGUAUCAGGAUGGGCAUGUGAAGUGACUGACCUUAAGAUGUUUCCAUUCUCCUGUGAAUUUUAACUUGAACUCAUUCCUGAUGUUUGAUACCCUGGUUAAAAACAAUUCAGUAAAGCAUCCUGCCUCAGAAUGACUUUUCAUAUCAUCCUUCAUUUGUCAUUCCAAGGUUUCUUCACGAGUCAUUCCAGGUUUUCUAGUCCAUACCACAGUGCCUUGCAAAAGCACCACAUGAAUAAAGCAAUAAAAUUUGAUUGUUAAGCUAUAGUAGUGGACCCUACUUAUUCAGUCAGUAAAGAGUAAAUUUUUUUUGAUGUGGUUAUUAAAACAGUAUCCAGUAUAGAUAAUUAGAGUAAAUCUAUGUAGACAAGGUCUAGGUUUUGUUAACUCUAAUGUGUAAAUGCAAUUAGCUUAAUUUAAAAUUUGGAGUUGGUUUUUAUAUGGCUAGGCACUUUAUUACUAUAUCUUGAAUUGAAAGCACACUCCCAUAUAGGGUCCUGUAACUGUCCUGUAAUAAAGUGCUUAUAAAUGGAACCAACUAUACAGUUAACCUAGUCUUCCCAUGAUCUUUAGCACCUAAAUUUUUUAAAAAGCUUCUAAAUGCUUAAUAUAAAGGGAGAUGCUUAUAGCUACAACUAUUUUAACAAUAUUAUUUCUGUUACACUACCUUCAAUUUUGCAUGACUAAUUAUACUAACCUGAAAUGCUAUAAGAAAACAAUGUGGUUGAGCAUUUUGUAACUUAAUGAGUCACUUCAUUUUCACUAAAACUACCAUGGUGGAGUACAGUCAGGGAAGGUUUAUGUCACCAUUGAUUUCACCAGAAUUACUUUAAUAUAUCAAAGGGGUCUACUAUGCUAGACAGCAUUUUAGGGAAAAAUACUACUAAAAAUGGGUGUCUCAUCAGGGCAUACUGAUGAGUCCCAACGUGCCAUAAGACAUCUUAGCACGUUAAUAGCACUUUUAAUACCAAAAAAGGCACAUCAACUAAAAAGCUACUUAGUUUGGAAAUAAUUUUCUAGAUUGAGGAUUAAAAUUUUGUUAGGGUACUAGAUACGUCAGACGAAGGUGCCAGCUGGAAUUAAAUGGAUUCACUGAUAAGGAUCAGUCUAGUCUUCCCUUUGUUGUAUGAUUUUGUAGGUUAAGAUUGAUCAAAGUUUCAUUUUACUAAUGGUAAGGGUGAGAAGGCAGGGUUUGGGUUUUCUGGUACUGUUGAAAAUUUUAAGUUUUGACUAUUUAAAUACUUGGUCAUAACUUGAAUUUAAAAAAGCACCUGAGAGGUGUCUAUGCAUCAAUGAAUUGGAAAGAAAGCUGCUCAUUUGUUUUGUUAAUCGCCUCAGGAUAUCUCUUUUAAAAUAAGCUGUUUUAAGAGGAACAGAAGGGAAAUCUGCUACCUAGUCUUACACAGUGUGAACCUCAGAGAGAGCUUCUGAUACCCCUAACUAUAGGGGAAGAAUGAGGGAGAGGAGCAGUUUAGGAUGUUUAGGAACUUAACUAUUCAAGAAUAGGGAAGGAGUCAGCCAGCCUUGGGCCAGCAGGUUUUUUACCUGCAUUGUUACCUGCCUUUCUCACCCAGGAAAUCAACCCUGUACUUGUUUCCCUCUUUGAAGCAAGUGUCUUGGUUGACUAAUACUAUUUUAUUGUAACUUUAAAAAUGAAAGUUAUUGUUCUAAAUUUAUAGCAGGUGCCUUAUUUUUGCUUUGAGUCAAACCAUUCCAUAUUAGAAUUUCCCCUGGUUUACUAUAGACAAUUGGCUUUAAGUAAUUAGGGUUUUGGGCUGUUUUUUUUUUUUAAUUGUACAAUGUCUUCAUUAAUUUGACUGUUAAAUUUCCAUAGCUAGCAAUCAUUUUACAUAUGUAAAAGUUGCAUUCCCUUUGUAUUUCACGUGUAAUUUCCUAAUUGAGAACAUUUUAUAUUAAGGAUGGAUUAUGCAUGUUUGGGUCAAUGAAAGCAAUGUCUUAUUUGAUUUAUCCUUUAAAAAAUAAAGUUCCCUGAUUAUUUGAUGCCUUCUAAAAGGUAUGAUUUUACAGAAUUCUUAUCUGAGUGUGCUUUUUACAGUUAAUAGAAAAUUAUUUUAAAGAAUGCCUAGUAUUGUACUUAAGUUAAAAAGUACCUUGAGACACAGAUAAAAAGUUUAUAACUGGGAGUAAGUAGCAAGAAGUACAUUAAAAGCACAGUGGAUUAAAUACUUCUCUUCCUAGGAUUUACCCUCAUUAUCCAAGUUCCAUUCAAGGGAAAAAAAAUCACAGUUCUUUCCCAGUUGAAUUUUUAUGUCAUCAGUGUUGAACACAGAAUGGUAAUAAUGUCUAUUGGGGGAUUGUCUACAUUAUCCAAUAACUCUUUGUCGUUUAACAUUUCAAAGAGUUGUCCAUGAUUUCAUUGUAUCUGUUGGGUUGUAUAUAAUGUUACUCAAAAUAAUUGAGUGGGCUUCCAAAAUAAGGAAAGAUUUUCACUGUAACAGGAUGUAUUGUAAUGGGCUUUGACUUCUAUCAAAGAAGUAUGUAUCCUCAACUGCAGGGCCAGGGCUCUUCUCACUAAGGUUCCUGGGGUUUUGUUGGCACAAAGGAAUGCCGUGUAGAACUGGAUUGUGUUCUUGGGAGGUUCGUCAACAAAAUUUUAUCACUGUUGUAGCAUCUGUAUAAUUUAGAACAUCAAAUUUUCCACUUAGAAAUUGUUUUAAAGUUUGUCUUUGAGUACCUUUUUAGUUUUUAACUUACUGUUUUAAGUAAAAACCAGAACUUUAAGAAGCAGGAGUUGGGUUCAACAGCAAAUUCAGUGUCACUUCGCAAGAGAAUCAUUUCCUGUCAAAACUUCAUCCUACUCCAGGUACUUGUACUGCUUUAUCUUCAGGUUGAAUUAGGACAAAAAUGUCCUAUUUUGAAGAGUACUAAUGAGCAAUAAAAGGCUUAGAAGACUAGCUGAAGGGGAAAAAUCAACUGUCUGGACUUAGAUAAUACAAAGUAAAUUCAUGCAUAGCACAGAAUCAUAAAAAUAGAGACAUGGGCAGUUUAGUCCAACUGUCUCAAUUUACAGAUUAAAAAAUUCAUUUAUUUUGUGAAUAUUGAGUUACGUGCCAGAUAGGGAGGUAGAGCUGUGACUACAGGGUCCUGGCACUCAAGUAUUUUUCAGUCCAGUAGUGGGAGAAAAGAUAAUAAAAUGAAAAUUGUAAUCAUGAUCAGUAUUUUAAAAGAAAGAUAAAACCAGGUAAAUAGCGUAUGCUCUGACAGAGCUAGUUGAGGUAGAGCAGAAAUUAGAAGCAAGUUUCUGGACUCAACAAUACCCUAGAGAAACCAUAAGAAUGAUUGUAGAAUGUCCACACAGAACACUUCUGUUUUCAUGAGCUCUUUACUUCUGCUUUUAGAGAAACUUGUAGUUUUAAAAAUAUGUUUGCAUGUUGCCAACUCAAAAAAAAAAAAAAAAAAAAAA